AUGUCAGAAGCAAAAGUUAUAAAAUCAGCUGAUCAAUUGCCCGUUAUUCCUGAAACACAAAUUAUUGAACCAAUUGUUCAAUGUGGUGUUUUGUAUUUGGGUUCAGCACCACCAAGUCCUGGUCGUCGUGGUCUUGAUUCAAUUCAAGAACCAUUUUCACAUCGAUAUCCUGUCGAUGGAACAAAUACAGCUCAAGGUAUUGAUGCUGUACUUUCUAUUUAUGAUAAUGGUAUUCAAUUGAGCUUUGCUCGUCAACCUCAUACAGUAAUAUUUUAUCCAAUAUCAGCACUUAUCUAUUGUGCAAGUCUUCGUUUUUCUGUUGUUGAAUAUGAUCAAGCAUCAUCAAUUGAUUGGCGUUUUGUAACAUUGGAUCCAACAAUCAAAAAUCAAAGCAAACAUCCACCUUUAUUUUGUUUUGUCGUACAACGUACACUAGUAACAUCAGGUGAUGAAUGUCAUUGUUUUGUAGCAAAAGAUGAUAAUUCAGCACUUGCACUUGUUCGAACAAUAUCAGAAGUUUAUAUGAAAGUUAAACCUAAUGUUACACCUAUCAAAUCACCUAUUUUCUAUCAGUUAGACCGUUAUGGACGAAAAAUAAGUGAAACAGGUGGAAUUAUUUAUAUAUCACCAGCUAUUGAUGAUGAAUAUCAAUUGAAUAAAAUUACAGAUCGUAGUAGUUCUCUAUCAUCAAUAGAUCGAAAUUAUUUAUUAGAUCCAUCAUCUGAUGGUUUUUUCUAUCGCACGGAUGCAACUAUUAUUGAACAAUGGCAAUUAUGGAAUGAUGUUGAUUUAAAUGAAUCACGUCCACGUCCACCAGAUUCACCAUUUGGACUACGUCAAGGUCUUUAUCAUGAUGACUUAGCAAAUGAAAUACAUCAACAUUUACAUCAUAUGGAUGAUGAAGAAAGUUCGAGUUCUUCAUCAUGUUCUUCAAGUUCAUCAAUCAAAUCUGAUCGACACCGUCGUAAAGGACCAAAUGCUAGACUUGAUACAAAUCAAUCAAAUGCAGCUAAUUUACCUUCACAAACUAGUUCAUUUGAUCCAUUAUCAGUACGAAAUAAUAUGGAAAUGAAAAGGCCACAACAAACACCUAUUGUUAUUGAAAAAGUUGUACCUAAUCCAAUGAUAACAAUUCCUCAAAAACGUCCAAAAUAUAUCUUAGAACAACCUCAAGAAUCAUUUGAUUAUUCUACUCCUGUACAAGAAACAAAUGUUGACUAUGCUGACUGUGUUUCACUUUCUGAUAGCUAUCAAAUAAAUGAACGAGGUGAAAAAAUUACAAAAGAAGGAAAUCGGAUUUUGUUUAUGGAUGUUAUUCAACCGAAUCUGACGAAUAAUAAAAUUGAACCACCAUCUUACAUACUUCAAAAAUCUUAUACAACUUCAACAUCUAAUACAAUUCCGAAAUCUUACAUAAAACCGAAACCUUAUACAACUCCAAAAUCUUAUAUAAUUCCAAAAGCUCAUCCCCGUUCUCAUCGGCGACGAACAUCACAUAUACCAGUUAUUGAUCUUCAAUCUUUGCAAAAUUUAUUUAAUCAAAGAAAAUUUAAACAACGACGAGAAAGUAUUGAUAGUGAUGAAAAACAAUUAAAUGAUUAUCAUUUAACAACAUCGGAUAUGUUAGAAAUAGUUGAAGAAUAUUUUGAAGAUUAUAAAGGAAGAAAAAUUAAAUUAAAUAAACAUGGUACACAAUCAACACUUGAUAAUUUAGAAUCAGUAAGUGAAGAUGAACAUCGAGAAGCAAAUAUUUCAAAUCAUAAAACUCAUCGUCAUCGUCAAAGUCAUUCAAAAUUAAUUUCUGGUCCAUUACUUAAUUAUGUCGAACGUUCUUCUAUUAGACCUGUAUCCAAACAAGCAUCAGUCGAGCCAAAUCAAUCUAAUCUAUCUGUAUUUCACAAUCAACAAAUAAAUGAAUAUGAAUCAAAUAUUUAUGGAAAAUCUGGAAAGAUAUCUCAAACAAUAAAAUCACCCACACCAUCAACAAACCAUCAUGAAACUCAAACAUCUAAUAAAUCGAAUAAUGUCGAUGUAACGACGACUCAAGAUUAUAUCUCACCAUUUCGAUAUAUGCAAAGUAGUGUUAAUCCAUUAUUACUACGUGAAUAUCGUAAAGCAUUUGGUGCAGUUUAA